CAAAUCCAACCUGAGAAAACAACCCUAACCCUAAUUUUUACUCGUUACUGGCUCUACCUAGCUCAUUCAAGAUAGUAAAUAGAAGUAGUAAUGGUAUCCGGAGAGAUCAGAGCUUCCCAAUUUCAUAGAGAAAUUAGGUACAGAGAGAGAAUAUUUGAAGAGUGAUGAAUUGUUCUGGGGGCUGAUUCUGGUUUUUCUCUAUCCCAAUCCUCUCUGCGCCAUAUCCGUCUCGGAUGUAAUGUUUAGCUCGGGUAUCUUCUCAAAACCAGUGGAUAAAUCCAGGAAUAGCAAGAUCCCCAUGUCAACGUACCCAUCUAUGUAAAUUCUAAAGAAAUAAAAGGUCAAAUUCAACACCAAAAUCCAGAUUUGACUGCCCCGCCCCUAUAUGCUUCAUCAUCACCGGAAACAGGAGGAAAGAAGUAGAAGGGGCUAUAUCAGCGUUCUCUGUAUUAUGGGAGCUGAAAAGAAAUGGCUGUUCACGCUCUACACUGCAGCAUUGCUUUCUGUUUUUCUGCUGCUAUAUUCCUUGUCGGUUUUCAGCUCCCCGAGGAUAUACCCUUCAGUGAUCCACCAUGGUCCACCGUACCCACCUGCUUUCGCCUACUAUAUCUCCGGUGGCCGCGGCGAUAAGGACCGGAUCUUUCGCCUUUUGCUCGCCGUUUACCAUCCGAGGAAUUGGUACUUGCUGCAUCUUACAGCUGAUGCAUCUGAUGAUGAGAGAUUAAGGCUCGUUUCGGCCGUGAAAUCGAUUCCUGCGGUCAAGAGCUUUGGAAAUGUGGAGGUGGUGGGGAAACCCGAUCGUCUUUCCUACAUGGGUUCAUCGCACAUAGCGGCAACUUUGCACGCUGCGGCAAUUCUCCUGAAGAUUGAUCGCGGCUGGAACUGGUUCAUCGCGUUGAGUGCGUUGGAUUAUCCUCUGCUGACUCAAGACGACUUGUCCCAUGUGUUUUCCUCUGUUAGCAGGGACCUUAAUUUCAUUGAUCACACCAGUGACCUUGGAUGGAAAGAACAUCAAAGAGUGAAGCCUAUCAUAGUUGAUCCAGGGCUGUAUUUAGCUCGAAGGACCCAAAUUUUUACAGCUACAGAGAAGAGGUUAACACCUGAUGCUUUCCAAUUUUUUACAGGUUCCCCAUGGGUUGUCCUGAGCAGAUCUUUUCUUGAAUAUUGUGUUUUUGGUUGGGAUAACCUACCACGAAUCCUUCUUAUGUAUUUCAACAAUGUAAUUUUACCUGAAGAAGGUUACUUCCAUACUGUCAUUUGCAACGCAGCGGAUUUUAAGAACACGACUGUGAACAGUGAUUUAAGAUACAUGAUCUGGGACAGCCCUCCAAAGAUGGAACCACAUUUUCUCAAUCAAUCAAAUUAUGAGCAGAUGGCUCAAAGUGGAGCUGCUUUUGCAAGACAGUUCAAAAAGGAUGAUCCUGUACUGGACAUGGUUGAUGAGAAGAUCCUCAAGCGCGGUCAAAAACAAGCUACACUGGGGGCAUGGUGCACAGGUCGGAAGAGCUGGUGGAUGGAUCCUUGCUCUCAGUGGGGUGAUGUCAAUGUCUUGAAGCCUGGACCUCAUGCCAAGAAGUUUGAAGAGACCAUCACAAACCUUCUAGAUGACUGGAACUCGCAAUCAAAUCAAUGCAAAUGAAGGGGGUCUGAGAAUUAAAUAGGAUAUCCAGAGACUUGAUGCAGUUUCUUCACAUCUGAUCUGAUUUUUUUGAUGGGUUCAAGAGACUGCAGCGAAAUGUGAUAUGUUCUUUGGUCUGUACGGGUGAGCCUAUUUUGCGGGCUUUCUUCUCAUCACAGGCUAAGAGUCACUCCUUUGAUAGUAUUUACACACAGGGCGGAGAUGAAGAGAUAUCGCAGGAAAUUAGCUAGAAUUAGAAUUUUGAUAGCUUUUCAUGGGCUCAGAUGUUUAAUGUUUCAUGGUAGAGCCCUCCAUCAAUCAGGAUCUCUCUCUUGUGCUGCCAUUGCAUGCUCUGUUGUAUGUCCUACCACUAUUCCAUUAGGCACUUUUUGAAUGUUGGGGCGGAGAUUCAUUCAUUAUAAUGUGAUUAUUUAUUCUCU